UAAGAAUCAGGGCGGGGGUAAGCAGCGCGUCAUUUCGUGCUAGGACGCCGGCCUGUGUAGAUUUUCUGUGUGUCAAGCUUUCUUUUCGCGAGUUUCUUUUUUUUUCUUUCUCUUUCUCUUGUAAUAAAUCUUUAACAACGAAAAAUCAUGUCGGUUGUAUAUAAAAAUACAAUGAAAGCUCUUGGGAAAUAUGUGCCUGAAAAACUUCAACCAUUUUGGAAUCAUCCAGCCGGACCACAGACCAUAUUUUUCUGGGCACCAGCUGUAAAAUGGGGACUUGUGAUAGCAGGUUUAAGCGACUUACAAAGGCCAGCCGAUAAAAUUUCUAUUGGACAGUCUUCUUCAUUGGCCGUUACCGGAGUCAUUUGGACGAAAUAUUCUUUGGCGAUCACACCAAAAAAUUGGAGUCUUUUCAGCGUGAACUUUUUUGUCGCGUGUACAGCACUUUAUCAAAUUUCUAGAGCGAUAAUAUAUCAACGAGAACAAGCAGCUUUAAAGAGUCAAUCAUCAAAAAGCAGCUAGUAAUAAUUAUCGUGAAAUUGCAUUCCUAGAAAAAGAAGAUAUGGCGAGUGUUGGAUGAAAACGAUUUUUGAGGCGAAAAGAAGAAAAAAGAAAAAAGAAAAAAGAA